GGGACACUGUCACUUUAAAAUGACGUCAUCGUUAUCCAAUAUGGCGACCCACUGACCCAAGCGACAUCACACGACAAAUGCGAAUAUCCGACUUCGAUCGAUUUUCCUGUUCUUCAACAAUGAAUCCGAUAAUUAGACGGACACUACCUCCUUCUGUAAGGAGUCUACUGACAGACAUCGCUCCAAAAGACGAGAGUUUAUGGGCAGACGACAGCCACGACGACCCGUCAGUCAACAAGGAGGGAAUACUGCUUCCUGCGAGGGGGUCUACUCCUGGACUGGAGGACCUUCUCACUCCUGCUACAAAUCACGAAGCUGGCGGGGAAAACCCCAAACCGGGCUCUGUGUGCAUGUUGUGUGAUUGCAAACCCGCAUGCUACACUUGCCCUCGGUGCAACCUGAGGUACUGCGGCGUGGCUUGCUACAGGAGCCCUGGUCACUCCUUGUGCUCUGAGGAGUUCUACAAGGAGUCUGUUCUGCAGGAGCUGAAGAACAUGGGCAAAACCGAGCGUGAAGGGAAGGAGAAAAUGCAGGAGAUUCUCCUCGGGCUGAGACAAAAGGCGCAAAUGACCGAUGGAGGGAUGGGACGUGUGUUAAGAGAAGCCGGUAUUUUGCAGGAAAAAGAGGAGAACAUUGAAGUUAUGGAGCUUCUGUCCAGAUUGGCCGAGCUUCAGGAGUCGGGAGCAGGCAGCGCAGCAGAGAUCGAGGCCAUUAUGAGAAAGCUGGAAGAGCUCGGAGGACAGGGAGGAGACGAGGAGCCGCCAGAAGGCAUGACUGAGCGUCUAUCAGAGCUGGAUCUUGACCAGCUCUCUGAGGAGGAGCUGUGGGCGCUCCUUGACAGCCAGGAGAAAGAGAGGUUUGUGAGUCUGAUGAAGGGCGGCGCUCUGGGUAGGUUGAUCCCCGUGUGGAGGCCUUGGUGGGAGGAGCACAAGGUUGGAAGGAGCGCACUGGUGGAGGUGCUAGAGGAGGAGGUGAACAAGCAGGAGAAUGGUGCAUCACCACCAGAGACGGUUCAGAAUCAGGACUGUAAAGCAAAAAAGUCCCAAGGCAGGAAUAAAAAGGAGGCAAUGACAAGAGGAAGCUCAGCAGCCUGCUGUAUGCCUUCGAUUUCUUCCAAGAUCCCCAAACUGGGUCACUUAUGUCCAAAUCCAUCUCCAUUAGUCUGCUAUGGUUUAGUCAAUGCUCUUUAUUGCUACAGUUUCACUUUGCGUCUGUUUAACGGGGACGUCGACACGCUCCUGAGCGAGUUCUGUGACACCGUGCUCGCCUUGUCUGAGGCGCUGAGUUCCAGCAGGGUUUUCAUUUCCACCCAAGAAGCCGUACAUUGCGCAGAGACUCUCAUUCUGGCAGGAGGCUACCUUGACAAAGAGGAGUCCCGCGCCACAGACUGGGCAGCGGAAAGCGCCGCUCACAUCAUGACCGGGCGAGACAACAAGGACGCCACAGGCUACACCCUGGCGGCCUUGAGUCAGCUCCGCUCGGCACUCUCCAAAGCCAGAGCGGCCCUCUCCAAGGACGGCGACGAAGGUGCAAAGAGACAGAAAUACUUCCUGGCUUCCAAGAAGUGUGAAUUCUUCCAAGCAUGGACGAUGGAUAAUUCUCAGCGGACUCGCCGACUGGCUUUGGAGCUGUGGAGCGAGCGCAGCAGGCGAGAGAGCGGCAGGGAGAGUGUGGAGAAAACAAAAGCGCUUGUUGAGGAGAGCUUUAAGAAAGGAAAGAGGAAAGGGAAUAGUAAGUUGAUCCAAGAAUUGAGCUAAGUCACGGAAGUCCAUAAAAAUAAAAAGGAUACCGGUAAAUGUAAGCAAACCAUUAAUGUUGACCUGCUGUAAUAAUUAUGUUGUUGAAAGCACUUAACUUUCAAACCAUCAUUUUUUUUAAAAUAAUACAGUACAGACCAAAAGUUCAAUGCGUUUUCUUUAUUUUCAUGACUAUUUACAUUGUGGAUUGUAACUGAAGGCAUCAAAACUAUGAAUGAACAAGUGGAGUUAUGUACUUAAUGGAGAUGUCUGAUAAAUGCUUUAAAAUGUAAUAUCGGAAAUUAUCGGUAUCGUUUUUUUAAUUAUCGGUAUCGUUUUUUUUUUUUUGGUUUUUUUUUAAUUAAGUCAACAUAAAAAAACACAAGAUACACUUACAAUUAGUGCACCAACCCAAAAAACCUCCCUCCCCCAUUUACACUCUUUCACACUCAUUCACACAAAAGGGUUGUUUCUUUCUGUUAUUAAUAUUCUGGUUCCUACAUUAUAUAUCAAUAUAGAUCAGGGGUCACCAACGCGGUGCCCGCGGGCACCAGGUAGCCCGUAAGGACCAGAUGAGUAGCCCGCUGGCCUGUUCUAAAAAUAGCUCAAAUAGCAGCACUUACCAGUGAGCUGCCUCUAUUUUUUAAAUUGUAUUUAUUUACUAGCAAGCUGGUCUCGCUUUGCUCGACACUUUUAAUUCUAAGCGAGACAAAACUCAAAUAGAAUUUGAAAAUCCAAGAAAAUAUUUUAAAGACUUGGUCUUCACUAACUGACAAAGAAACAGAUAACAUAUUUGGUGUCCAGUUCAAAGUGUGACAUGAUUUAUUUAAAACAUUGAGAGUUGACUUUUGUAUUUUACAUGAGUUAUUAUUUGUACAAACAUGGUGCAAAGUAAUUCAUGAUUUGUUAAAACAUGUUAGUGGCUAGCUAGUUAAAAUGGGGUAUUGUGAUUUCACAAGACUGUCUUAGAAGUGAUCAUUUGAAAAUGUUCAAUUUGAAAAAUGUGCACUUAGAGAAAAUAUAAAAAUAAAGUGUUGCAUAUUGAUAUUUAUCUGUUUCUAUAUAUAUUUAUUGUGAGAAAUCAUUAAGAUGAUCAGUGUUUCCACAAAGAUAAAUAUCAUUAAUUAUUAUUGAUAACAUACAGUUAAAGGUAAAUUGAGCAAAUUAGCUAUUUCUGGCGAUUUAUUCAAGUGUGUAUCAAACUGGUAGCCCUUCGCAUUAAUUAGUACCCAAGAAGUAGCUCUUGGUUUCAAAAAGGUUGGUGACCCCUGAUAUAGAUCAAUACAGUCUGCAAGGGAUACAGUCCGUAAGCACACAUGAUUGUGCGUGCUGCUGGUCCACUAUUAGUACUAACCUUUAACAGUUAAUUUUACUCAUUUUCAUUAAUUACUAGUUUCUAUGUAACUGUUUUUAUAUUGUUUUACUUUCUUUUUUAUUCAAGAAAAUGUUUUUAAUUUAUUUAUCUUAUUUUAUUUUAUUAUUAUUUUUUAAAAAGACCUUAUCUUCACCAUACCUGGUUGUCCAAAUUAGGCGUAAUAAUGUGUUAAUUCCACGACUGUAUAUAUCGGUAUCGGUUGAUAUCGGUAUCGAUAAUUAAAGAGUUGGACAAUAUCGGAUAUCGGCAAAAAGCCAUUAUCGGACAUCCCUAGUACUUAACAAAAAAAAAGGGAAAUAGCUGAAAACAUGUUUUGUAUUCUACCCUUUGCUCCGAAUACUGCUUUGCACACUCUUGGCAUUCUCUCCAUGAGCUUCAAGCGGUAGUCACCUGAAAGGGUUUUUACUUCACAGGUGUCAUACUUUUGAUGCAUUUCAGUGACAAUCUACAAGGUAAAUAGUCAUGAAAAUGAAGAAAACACAUUGAAAUGACAAGAUGUGGCCAAGCUUUUGGCCUGUACGGUAUAUUACAUCAUGACUGAGACAUUCACUCCUGAUGGUAUUAAUCAUGUCCGACAUUUUUAUCAACAUUUUUAUAAGGCUGCUGUACUAUUUUUCCUGCUAUAUUAUACCGAUGUAAUUCAUGCAUUCUCAUGUCCCAUUGGGCUUUUUUUACUUACUUUGUUUUCAAACGACAAGACCAUUACACACAGUUUGUGUGACCAAAGGAUUUUGAACCUGAAAAACCAUGUAAUAUUUUGCAUACAGUUUUGAAAUAAAGUCCAAAACAUGGGUAAACAAAAUAAAACAAAUUUGAGAAAGUU